CUAGUGCGAAAGAGAACACAUCAGCAGCAGAAAAUGUAAAGUCAGAAACUCGCCCGAAAACUGAGGCCGUGGUGAUAGACUUGGUUGACUCGGAUGACGAAGACUAUAGUAACAUGAGCAUGCCGCAUUUGAAGCGCGAGGUGAAGGUACGAGAUGUACUACUUAUUUGA